ACACACAAAAAAUAUACACAUGGAUUCACACACACACAAUCAAUGAAUAUAUCAAUUGAAUCAUUGAUAUAUAAGUCACACACAUUGCAGUGUGUCCACAACUCAAAUUAACCAUGGCAUUUGUAGCAACCAGCCCUAUCUCCCUAAAAACAAACUGCUUGAAGCUCAAACCCCUUGACACCCACCAACAGCCCCAAACCAGGAUUUCCUGCAACAAAACCACUCCCACAUCUUCAAUCGAAAUGCAACAAACCCUAAAAAUUUCCCCAAAUUUCAAAUUUGAAGAAUACAUGGCAAGCAAGGCAAAGAAGGUGAACACAGCCCUGGACGACGCCGUGCCUCUCCAAAACCCCUUGAAGAUCCACCAGGCCAUGCGCUACUCCCUCCUCGCCGGCGGCAAGCGCGUCCGCCCCGUGCUCUGCCUGGCCUCGUGCGAGCUCGUCGGGGGCGAGGAGGCGGCAGCCGUCCCCAUGGCCUGCGCUCUUGAGAUGAUCCACACGAUGUCUUUGAUCCACGACGACCUCCCCUGCAUGGACAACGACGACCUCCGCCGGGGCCGCCCCACGUGCCACAAGGAGUUCGGCGAGGAGACGGCCGUCCUGGCCGGCGACGCCCUCCUGGCCCUGGCCUUCGAGCAUGUGGCGGCCAAGACGCGGAAUGUGGAUGAGCGGAGGGUGGUCCAGGCCAUCGUGGAGCUGGGGUCGGCGGUGGGGUCGGAGGGGCUGGUGGCCGGCCAGAUUGUGGACUUGUCGAGCGAGGGGAAGCUGCUGAGUUUGGGGGAGUUGGAGUAUAUUCACGUGCAUAAGACGUCGAAGCUGCUGGAGGCGGCGGUGGUCUGCGGAGCCAUCAUGGGCGGCGGAGGAGGGGCGCAGGUGGAGGCCUUGAGGAAGUACGCCAGGUGUGUUGGGCUGCUGUUUCAGGUGGUGGAUGAUAUAUUGGACGUCACAAAGACGUCGGAGGAGCUGGGGAAGACGGCGGGGAAAGACUUGGUCACCGAUAAGGCCACUUAUCCAAGGCUGAUGGGACUCCGCAAGGCCAAGGACUUCGCCGCCGACCUCGCCGCCAUGGCCGUCCAAGAGCUCUCCUAUUUUGAUCCUUCCAGGGCCGCGCCGCUCUAUCACUUGGCUCAAUACAUUGCUUCCAGACAGAAUUGAUCUCUCUCCGGCCCGGGGAUUCUCAUAUUAUUGGUUGAUAUAAUCGAUAAAUCAUGUAACAACAAAACUUAUUGAUUCACAACUGUGUAUUCGGUAAAUUCAGCGUAUCUAGUUAUUUAGCAUGGCA